CUCACGCCGAAUUCACCCAUACAUCUUCAGCGAACAGCUUUCCAGUGUGUCGUAGUUCCUGUGCCAACGAUUGAACGCUGUCAUUCGAUGCCGCAUACAAUUCUACUAGCCCGCACCACUGGACACUGGCCAGUUGAGAAAAACAAACUUCAAGUCGCGAAGUACAGAUCGUUCCAUACGUGAUUGGCGCCACUUACCUCUAACGAGAACUCUGAGACAGUUGCGGCGUUUCUCAGUCACACCAUCGCAGGUCUGCCAUAUAUUACCGGACAUGUCUCAGACGUAGUAUGUCUGAGCUGACCUAGGGACUAGACUAUACUGGUCCGGUAUCUCGGGCCAUGCCCGAUUACCUCGUCCUCAGCGUGACAUGUGCCUGUGCCACGCUCAUUUUUCUUUGGUUCGUAGCUCGCAAGAGGGGCCCUCCCCUCCCCUUCCCCCCAGGACCUAAAGGGCUUCCAAUCAUUGGAAACUCUCUUGGUAUUGAUCUGAAAACCCCACAAUUCACGUAUGCUAAGUGGGGAAAUAUAUACGGGGAUGUUGUGUACUUUAACGUGUUUGGCCAAGGCUUCGUUGUCGUGAACUCGGAAGAGACUGCGCGUCUUCUGGCUGAUAAACGGUCUACUAUUUACUCUGACCGGCCGCAUUCACCAAUAUAUUCAUUGUUCGGCAUUGAUCGGAUGACUCCUGUUAUGCCAUAUGGCAAUGACUGGAGGACUCAUAGGAAGCUAUUUCAUUCUAGCCUCAAAGCUGACGUAGUUCAAAAAUUUCACGACGUAUACCUUAGCAACGCUCGGCAGCUCCGUCACAAUAUACAAUCCGAUCCUUCCAAGUUUUCAGAGCAUUUCAAAUUAUUCUCUGGGCCACUUGCAUUGGAACUGACAUACGGACGGAAAGUAGAAGGCAAGGAUGACGCCACCAUCCAUUUUGUCAGCACGAUAUUCGAUAUGCUGAGCCGGGGAACUACGCCACAAAGUGGUGGUCUGUUAUUGGCGUUUCCUAUAUUGGAGCAUUUUCCAUCGUGGCUCCCUGGACUUGGUUUCAAAGCGGAAGCACCACGUUGCAGAAAGAUGAUUGCAACCAUGGCGGAGCUCCCAUUUCGCGAAGCGAAAACACAAUUAGUAUCCGGUACUUUGCAACAUUGCUUGGUAUCUGACUUCCUCGCUUACGAAGGCGCGGGGGAGUCGGCAGCGAGAGAAGCUGCUGCAGGUGUCUAUCUAGGUAGGCUCACGUUUCAGUCAGCAGUAUGCCGUUCAACGUCGGGGUUUGACUGUCCAUUAGCUGCAGCGGAAAGUACUGCCUCCAUUCUGGAGACGGUUGUCCUAGUAAUGAUCCUCCAUCCCGAGAUACAAGCCAACGUUCACGCAGAGCUCGAUGACGUCAUUGGGAAGGGCGUCUUCCCGACUUUCGAAGAUCGGCCGCGAUUACCGUACUUGCAGGCUGUACUUUAUGAGGUUAUGAGGUGGAAUCCCGUCUUUCCACUAGGUGUUCCUCAUGCAACUACUACAAGUGACAUCUACGAGGGGUACUAUAUCCCAAAAGGAUGUAUCGUUAUUUUCAACGCAUGGGCCAUGUCUCGUGACUGUUCGGAUCCGGAACAUUUCGACCCGAGCAGACACCUUACUCCGGGGGGCCAGCUGACGCCCCAAGCGAAGCAGAACAAUUCUCUUUUCUUUGGGUUUGGCAGGAGGAUCUCGGCGACGAUGCUUUCCGCUUUCAGGUUUGAGAAGGCCAAGGAUGAGUCUGGGAAAACUAUUCAAGUGGAGCCAUCAUUUACCGACGGACAGAUCAGUCAUCCGGUACCUUUUGAAUGUUCCAUCACCAGCAGAAUGUGAGUAAUCGAUGGUGUAAUGGACAUAUAUAAUGUAUGGAGUGAAACGCUGUUCCGGAGUGGGGGAGAACUUAUGAUUCGUAAUCGAUACUACGAUGUCUCAUGCCGAUAAAGCUUACCUGUAACGGGGGAAAUUGUUUCGUGAAUUCUAAGAAAAUGACACAAAUUCUGGCUGAAAAGUGGACAACCAUUUAUGUACUCAAACCGCUCACGUUCGCCUCCUGAUCGACUGCAAAUCCCCCGGGGUACAUGCUUACCUCCUUACUGCUUGGUCCAACGGCAUAUUACUCCUCUGAAACAGCUAGUCAACUCGUCAGCGGCAGGCUUCAUUCUUGAUGCAGGACCCCGCACCCAGCUUGGGCGUGAAUUAACGGCACGACAUUGUGUACUGUGUCCCUCAAU